UUGGGGAACGCCUGGAAUAUUCUACCUUCGUCGGCCAUUUUCAUCCGUAUUUGCGCGACGGUACGUGUAUUCUUGCCAGUUAUUUUGCAGCUCCUUCUUUGAUUUUUAUCGGAACCACACGUCACGAAAGAUUUUUAAAAAAUGGGUCGCUUACGAAGAAAACGAAUGCACAAGAACGACAAACAUCUAAAGAAGAAGUAUCGAACCAGAAGGCGAACAAAAGACUUAGAUCAAAUUCACGAGGACAUGCAACCAAUGAAUGCUGCUAAAUUAAAAUCACAAGAGUGUGACAUGGAUUUACCAGGUGCUGGACGAUAUUACUGUAUACAAUGCACAUCAGGACAAUGGAUCAAAGCGAGGUGUCACUGUGGGAAUGGGGUAAGUAUUGUACAUAAAUUGAUUGUACCACCAUCAGUAGAGAUAAAAUUGAUGUUAGACCCAAGCUUCUUGCACGGCUGUGUCCACUUUGCAUGUCAAGGCACCAGCAGAAAGAAAGAAACUUGUAACACUUAUGCUUAUUUAUUUACCGUUCGUAUUUUCAGAGUGAAAAUGUUAAGAGAAGUGCCUUACACAACGGAAGAAGCUGAGAGAGCUGCAGGAAUGGGAUCAUACACACUCACAUCCACCAAGCCUCAGUUACCAGUCAAUGAAGAUGAGGAAAUGACAAACACAGAAAGAGCUGACAGGCUGGCACCUAAUCACUUAGUGAUAAUGAAGUGAUCUUCAAAAUAAAUUUCUGUAAUUUCUACUUGCAGACGAUCCGUGUUACUAUUUGCUUAUGUUGCUGCAAAUGGAAGAAAAUGUGAAAAUCCCCUUUGACCGUAACUUACUUUGAUCGUGUGAAUACAUUAAUUCGAGAUGAAAAAGGUGAAAAACUCUUAAAUGCAAGAAUAAUGGAAAAGAACACUAAAUAAAGAUUCUGAAGAAGUUUUUGUAGCAAAAUUCCCCUUUUUACCCCUCUUGAUAUUUUAAUAUUUUAUGCAGGCAUUACACGUUUUGCUGUUCAUUUACGCAAAACAUACAUUCAUUUACCUUAGUAGUUGAAACUAUACGGCAAUAUACGUUCAUUUGCACUUCCAUGAACGUCAUUAACGAGAACAAACUUUCAAUAACACUCUUUGCAUUUGUAUUAACAUUCAAUAUCAUCAAUUGAUGAACAAUUGCACCUUUGGACAAUCAAAGAUAACUAUACUUUCAAUCUCGCGCAAUGGUUAAUCAUUAACACCAAUAGAAAAUCAAUUGCAAAGUUUGACAAUUAAUGGCGUAUUUGAGACAUUCGAUAAUGCAAUUUACAUAGAGACGCACAAUUGCACCUUUAUUACUGACAAUCGUUUAUUCGAAAUGGUCAAUCAUUAACGUGAACUAACAAACGUGUGUAGUAAUAACAAUCAACAAGGGAAAAAGAAAUUUCAAAAUUA